CCCAAUACUCAUCGGCAGAGGCACAGGCAGCCUGGUCUCCAUAGUGAGUUCCAAGAUAGCCAGAGCUACAUAGAGAGAGAGACGAAGUCUUAACUCUCCUCCCCUCAAAAAUAGUCACUGGCUGCUCUUGGAGAGGACUUGGAUUGGUUCCCAGUACCCACACAGGAGGCUCACAACAGCCUGGAACUCCAGUUCUAGGGACCUGACACCCUCUUCUAGCCUCCUCAGACACUGAAGCCAUGUGGCACACAUACUGUAUCCAGGCAAAUACUUAUACACAUAAAAUAAACAAAUCUUUUCCAAAGAUAAAAAUUUAAAACUAGUUCAUCCACUGACCAUCCCCAGACUAGUCCCCAACAUUUAGUUCUAACCCAUUUCCAAUAACUUCAGGAUGAACUGCUACAGUGUGCCCUUACAGGGGUCCCUGUCACUCAAGGAUGUGACCGUGGACUUCACCCAGGACGAGUGGCAGCAGCUGGAUCCUGCUCAGAAGGCGCUCUACAGGGAUGUGAUGUUGGAAAACUAUGGCCACCUCAUCUCCGUGGGAUUUCACAUAACAAAGCCUGAUGUGAUCCGCAGAUUGGAACAAGGAGAAGAGCUGUGGACAGAGAGAAUGUUCCCAAGUCAAAGCUAUCUAGAAGAUGAAGAUGUUUUGAUGAAGUUCAAAGACUGCCAAGACAAGCAUUCUAAAUCCAUUGUAAUCAUCAACCACAAGAAACUAAUUAAGGAGAGAACCAAUAUUUAUGGGAAAACUCUUAUGCCAGGCAAGAACCAUAUUAUUUCCAAAACACUAUUUGAAUAUAAAUCUGAUGGGAAAGUUUUGAAAAAUAUUUCAGAAUUCAUUAAUAGAGAUAUAAACCCUGUAAGAGAGAAGUUCGGUGAUAAUGGAUGGGAGAAAUCAAUCCUGAAUUCCAAACAUGAGAAAACUCAUCCUGAAACCACCCUCCAUAAACAAAUAGAAAGGGGUCUAAAGCUGGCUCAACGCCAGAAGGUGCAGAUUCCAGAACAGCCUUUUGAAUGUAACGAAUAUGACAGCUCCUUCCUUAUGAGAGGAAUGAUAUUUCCAAAUAAUAGAGCUCACAGAGGAGACGGAAACUUCAGCUACAAUAAAGACGAAAUUGCUUUUUUAGAAAAGUCAGACCUUGGUAUUCAUCCACAUAAUCUUAUGGAAAAGAAAUCCUCUACAUACAACAAAUAUGGCAAAUUCCUUUGCAGAAAGUCAGUUUUUAUUAUGCAGCCCAGAUCUCAAAUGGCGGAGAAGCCCUUCCAGUGUCCUUACUGUGGGAACAGCUUUCGCAGGAAGUCCUACCUCAUUGAGCAUCAACGGAUCCACACAGGCGAGAAGCCCUAUGUUUGUAGCCAGUGUGGAAAAGCCUUCCGUCAGAAGACAGCCCUGACUCUCCAUGAAAAAACACAUGUAGAGGGGAAACCUUAUCUUUGUAUGGACUGUGGGAAGUCCUUCCGCCAGAAGGCAACCCUCACUAGACAUCACAAAACACACACGGGGGAGAAAGCCUAUGAGUGCACGCAGUGUGGAAGUGCCUUUAGAAAAAAGUCCUACCUCGUGGACCAUCAGAGAACUCACACAGGGGAGAAACCGUAUCAGUGCACUGAGUGUGGCAAGGCGUUUAUCCAGAAGACAACCCUCACUGUCCACCAGAGGACUCACACAGGAGAAAAGCCCUACAUUUGUACUGACUGUGGGAAGUCCUUCUGCCAGAAAACAACUCUUACCCUCCACCAGAGAAUCCACACAGGCGAGAAACCCUACAUCUGUAAUGACUGUGGAAAGUCCUUCCGCCAGAAGGCAAUUCUCACUGUUCACUACAGGAUACAUACAGGAGAAAAGUCCAACGGCUGUCCCCAGUGUGGGAAAGCCUUUAGUAGGAAAUCAAACCUCAUUCGCCAUCAGAAAACUCACACAGGAGAAAAACCCUAUGAAUGUAAAGAGUGUGGAAAAUUCUUCAGUUGCAAGUCAAACCUCAUUGCCCACCAGAAAACUCACAGGGCAGAAAACGUGAGAAUUCAGUGAAUGGUGUGAUUUUACUUUUUUAUUUAUUUGUGUUUUAGGUUUUUGAGACAGAGUCUCACUAGGUAGCCUUGGCUGGCCUGGAACUUGGUACACAGACCAGAAUCAGAAAGCCACCUGCUUCUGCCUCCUGAGUACUGGGAUUAAAGGCGUGCAUCACCAAGCCCUGCGGAUUAUUUUGUAGUACUGAGUGCUUUCAGGUUCUCUUCCUUACAUUUACUACUUGUUAACCUAUCACACACACAAAUGCUAUUGGAUAAAUUAAAUGACAAUAAAAUAAAAACGCAAGCUUCAUUUUUUUAUGACUGGACUCAGCAGACUAAACUGACCUCUGAUGAAUUGCUAUAACCAUUCAAAGUUGCUUAUUUUCAGUCUCAUGAGGUACAUAUAUUUCUUGUAAAUCAGUAAUAAAUCAUUGGCCAAAUGCAACUUGUUUGUAUGAAAUAAAAAUUGUUACCUCCUCAGUGUUAACCACAGUUCUGACUUCUAACGUUGUAAAUUGGCUUUUACACACUAUAAACCUUUUUAUGAAGUUGAAUUGUUUACCAUAUGUUCUUUCAUUCACAGCUUGUUUCACUGUCUGAGUCCAGUUAUGAAUGCAUGUGCAGAAGUUCAUUUAUUUUUAUUCUGAAUAGAAUACCAUUACAUAAGCAUAUCACUUUUACCCAUUCUCCUAUUGAUGGACUUUUACAGUGUUUGCUGCUUAGGGUCAUAAUAAAAAUGUACCUGUAUGCA